UUAGGCAGAGAUGUGUGUGUGUGUGUUAGGGUAUAAAUAGGUGGCGUCAUGUGAUUCGAAAAAAAAAUUAUAAAGGAUUCAAAACAUUUUGAAAAUUAAAUUAUUACAAAUGUAAAUGUAAAAUGUCACCAUCGGUCGAACCAAAAGAACGUGUUUAUGAAACAAUUGAAGAUGUCAAAGGUGAUGGUAGUCCUUGUUCGGCAAUACGUGAAGAAUUGAAAUUUUGUAUACGUAAUACGGAUUGUGUUAAAGAGUUACGUAUGACACCAAAAGAAUGUCUGAAAACGAAACAUCCAUCUGUACCGGACAAAUGUCAUCGUCUUGCAUAUCUUUUUUUUGAAUGUAAACGUUCAGUUCUUGAUACAAGAACACGAUUCCGUGGCCGUAAAGGAUAUACAGAUGAAUAUAGUAGCAAAUAGAAUGAUAGUAAAUGUUAUGUUUUAGCUUAUGAUGAUUGUAAUUUCGAUAUAGAAUAAUAAUUUUGUAUGUAAAUAAAAAAAAAUGUUCAAAC